CUUAGUUCUCAAUCUGUUUUACAUGGUACCAGAGCCUCCGAUCCCUUCCAUAUAACUUUUUUUCGGCCUUCCUACUUAUCCACCAUGGCUCCACCUUCCUCUGAAGAUAUUGAAACCAGCUCCGAUCAUAUCUCUACUGAGAUCCAUAUUCCUAAUUCCUCUGAGCCUCAAAAACCUCUUAUCUCCAUCAAUCUUGGCAAUGUGAUCAAACUCACUCCCACAAAUUUUAUUUCUUGGCAACUCCAAAUUCAAUCCAUUCUCACCGGCUAUAAUCUUGAUGGAUACCUUGAUGGAUCUCAUCCAUGUCCGCCUGCCACCGUUGUUACCAAUGGUGUCAUCUCUCCUAAUCCGGCCUAUUCUUCCUGGGUUCGUCAGGAUAAAUUGAUUUUCGGUGCUCUCAUUGGCACUCUCACAUCAUCCGUCGUCUCUCUUAUCACACGUGCCAAGACCACGAAGGAUGCUUGGGAUACUCUUUCUUCUGUGUACGCCCAACCCUCUCGUGGACACAUUAAACAACUUAAAUCUCAAAUGCGGAAAUAUACCAAAGGAUCUAAAACGAUCACCGAGUAUAUGCACUUUCUCAAGACCGCCGCUGAUGAACUAGCUCUCCUGGGAAAACCACUGGAUCACGAGGAUUUUAUUGACACUAUUCUUAAUGGUCUCGAUGAUGGAUACAAAUCUAUUAUUGAGGCUGUUGAAGGACGUGAGACGUGUAUCACGUUUACUGAGCUUCAUGAAAAACUCAUUAACCGGGAGCUUAAACUACUCCAAGAGUCUGAGUCCUCUUCUUCUCCUAUCACUGCCAACGUAGCCAAGGGUCCCUCUUUUUCUGGCUCACGUGGUCGUGGUGGCCGCCAUAAUCCAUCUUCUGGCCGUGGAUCCUCUUCUGGCCGCAACUCUUCAUCAGGUGCCUCCCCCCGCCCUUAUCUUGGUACGUGCCAAGCCUGCAGAAAUCAAGGCCAUACGGCCAGAAACUGCCCAUUAUUUCGGCUGACAUCAGCAGCUGGGUCUCCUUCAUCAGGCUGGUUUCCACAAUCCCCUCCUAAUUGGCCACCUCGUGAUUCCUCUUCUCCAUGGCAGCAAGCUCCUAGACCGGCUUGGAAUGCUCCACAAGCUCAUACAGUUUCUGGGGCUGGUGUUCUUGGUCCCGCACCUUCACCUCCAUGGAUUUUUGACAGUGGGGCUACUCACCACCUUACUUCGGAUCUUGACAACUUAUCUCUUCAUGCUCCCUAUUCCGGCACAGAUGAAGUCGUUGUUGGGAAUGGUAGUAGUCUCCCUAUCACUUUUACGGGUUCAGGAUCUAAUCACGGGGGCACCCCUCCUACAAGGCCAAGCUAAGGACGGGUUGUAUGAAUGGCCCUCCAUCUCCUCCUCGGUCCAAGCUUAUUCAAGUAUUAAAGUCUCGUCUCAUCAGUGGCACUCCCGUCUUGGUCAUCCGUCCCAGUCUGUGUUCCGGCAUUUAUUAUCUAAAUUUUCGUCUCAAAUAAAUCAUGUAUCUCCCAUAGAAUUUAAUUGUGAUUCGUGUCAUUGUAAUAAGAGUCAUAAACUUCCAUUUCAUAUGUCCUCCAUUAAAUCUUCUCAGCCUUUAGAAGUUAUUUUUUCUGAUGUUUGGAUCUCUCCAGUUGUCUCGUUUGACAAUUUUAAAUAUUAUGUCAUUUUCAUUGACCACUUUACCAAGUAUAUAUGGUUUUAUCCCAU